AUGGCUGCACCGCUAUCGGGCUUCACCCCGCUCCUGUACUCGUCUCUGGUACUCCACCUGCUUCUCCUCGGCCCUUUGUUCGCCCUCGCCCCGGGGACGUGGAUUACAGGAGGGGUUUCCAACCGAUGGACCCCGGGCCUCUGCCACCGAGACGCCGGUAAAGUGAACCAGAAGCAACAGCAGCAGCGGUGCAAGGAAGCAGGGGAGUCGCCGACUGGCAGCUGGUAUCUACGCCCAAGCAGGUGGACCGUAGAGCGGAUACAGACUGAGGGAUGCUCUGGAGUGCAGCUCACAGGAGGGACGCUGGGAGGAUAUCAGCAGGAUGGGGCAAGGAAGGAGAGACUGAAAAGAGUCGGGACGGCUUGGAGGAGUGGAGACGGUCCUCCAGCACCAUCACCACCUCCACCUCCUCCUCCUCCUCUCCACCCAGGAAUUUGGAGCAGGUCGAGCUCAGAUGGCGUCGGCUCAGGAGAGGGAGUGGAGAGAGGGGGGAUGAGGAGGAAGGGCGUUGUUUCACCUCCCGUUUCACCUGCUUUCACCUCAUCGCCGGUUCAAAACGGUAAAAAACGGGCAGUACAAAGGACUAGAGCGUGCGCGCAACGGUGGCCGGCGUCAAGGCCACACCUCGCCAAACGUGGCGCCGCCAGAGCCUUUGUGCACGCCUCUGGCCUGUGCAGGGCACCCGGAAGUGGAGGGAGGAGAGGGGGUGAGGUGCUGGAGAGGGCUGGUGAGGUGAGGAGACCCUUUGCUUCAUGGUGCUCCCCGACACCGGGGCAUUUCCUCCACUGGUCAAGCCCCGACAAACAAGCCCUCUGCGCGGCCAACCACCCCUCACCUGGCCCCUCGCCAACCGGUUGCUCUUGUUGCAUUCAUCCUCUUUCUGGACACAGUUCACCGCACGCUGAGGCUUCAGACACCUUCAGAUGUAAUCCCCGUUUCACAAAGAAUUCAGACUGUAUCCAGAGAUCAAAAUUGGACCACAUUUGUCAUUUUUCAGCCUGUAAUUCCUCCCAGAGCGGCUACACAGAUAACAUUCAGCCACAUCCAGGUUACAGGAACAGCAACAACAACAAGGCUUACGGUGCUGAUGGGGGCUCAGCCAGCGUGGACAGGAGGGCCGGUAAUUGUUCUCAUUUGGGCAGGCACAAUGUUAUCGAUCCCUUCAGCAACAGAGAGGGGGUUGAUGAUAGCUGUUUGACUGGGUGCAUGAGGAGAAGGGAGAAGGAGAGGGGAGCAUGGAGUGGGGGGGAUGAGGAGGAGGGGAGGAAAGCGUACAGGUGUAGCGCAGUGAUUAGCGCCGGUAACAGGGGGCUCCUCGGUUGUUUUGGACCCCCUCUCCAUGAUGAGAAAGCUGAGUAUAACCAUGCCAGAGUUAUGGAUCAGGGGAGAGAGAGGGAUGAUAAGAGAGAGGGAACGGAUGGAGGAGGGGUGAACCAAGGCAACAAACACAUUAAUUUAUCUAAUUAUCCGGAUAAUGAUUUGGCUUUUCCGAUUCUGACGCUCCAGUGUAGGUUUGAUAAUAAGCUUCGGCAGGGGAAAUCAGCACCAGGAACCAGAGGCCAGGGCAGUCAAACCCGGGGAGAGAGCGGGGGGGUUCCCGGUGGUUGCUCUGGUUGUUUGGACAGAGGAGAAAUGGGGGAUGGAUAUUUAGCCGAGUUUAUCGUCCCCGAGGGAGGCAUAGCUCAGAGGAAUCUCCGCAUCCAAUUUACCCCCAGCAGCAUCACUGAGACGCGCGGCCAACGUUUUCUAUCCAGCCAAAGCGCCAGAAUCGCAUCUAAAUAUCCCGGCCCGGUGCUCAGUACGCCCACUCUAACACAAACAGGCGAUUAUGCAGGAAGUGUAAACCUAUCCAAACAGCUUUGUCUAUCUGCUGAAAAAGUAAAAGCAACUUCUGAGACAGUGCCUGUGGGUGACUCAGGCUUUUUCUCGCCCGCUAAGUUUCCCGUUAAAUCUCCCAGUGUUGUGUCAGCCACGUCUCGCUCUGCAGCCGCAUUCAAACCACGUUUUCUCACUCAGCCUCAUCACACUACAGCAAACCGCCUCUCGUUUCUCUCGGAAAUCAACCUGACCACAUGGCAGGAUGACUCUCCACGCUCGCUUCAUCCUCCUCCUCCUCCUCCUGUGGAGGAUGUGAUUUCAGCACCACGGACAGCUCCCAUAAACUCUCAGCGCGUGUUUUUGUGGAGCAAUUUCAACACUAACAGUAAUAACAACAACGAAGAGGGGGAAAGCGAGCCGAUAGAUGGAUAUAGUCAUGAAUCUGACAUAGAAAAGUCGCAACGGCAUGGCCAGACCCAGCAGGGAGACCUGUGGGAGAGCGCGCUGCGAGAGAUGGUCCAAGCAGGGUGCGCAGACAGCAUUUCCACCGACUGCUCUGCCACUGAGCGCGGGGACCAUGCACAUAUGCGAUUAAAAUCCGGUAAGCAAGUGCCGUUAGAGCCCGAAGGUGUCAGACAGCCAGAUAGGCGGCAGAUGGGGGCCGAGGGAGAAAGGGAGAGGGAUGGAGAUAGGGAGGGAGAAGGCUUGGAGGGGUCCGCUGCUGUUGCUGCUGCCGCUGGGGGAGGAAAAUUACAGGUGGGGGAGGGCGAAAGAGAGGCGCGGCUGAUAGGAGGGAGAGUACAAGGGGGAGAAGGGGAAGAGGAGGAGGAGUGGGAGAGGGAAAAGGGAAUAACAAUGGCAAGCCAGGCAGAGGGAGGGAAGGGUCAGGAGAGGGGCAGUAGCACCACCAGCAUCACACAGCCAGAUAGAGGGAAGAAAGAGAGCCAGGCGGAUGAAAGCCGUGAGGGGGGAGAGGUGGAGGGGGAGGUGGAGAGGGAGAGGGAUGAAGAGGUGGAGGAGAGGCACAGCUCAAGGGGAGAGAGGAGCCUGGAACGACUGAUAAUAGUAGCCGAUGAUGAAACCUCACAGGGAGAAAAGGAGAGGAGGGUUUUGAUGCCGUGGCCUCGCUCUCGACGUGCAGCCAACAGACAUCCCCAUUUCUCCCAGUAUAACUACCAAGUACAAGUGGCUGAGAACCAGCCACCUGGCACCUCAGUCAUUGUCAUGUCUGCCUCAGACUCAGAUGCAGGAGAUGCAGGCAGAGUGAGCUACUCAAUGGCCCCACUGAUGAACAGCCGCUCAUCUGACUAUUUCCACAUCCACCCAGACACAGGUCUCAUCACCACCACUCAGAUUCUUGACAGAGAACACAUGGAUCUGCAUUACUUCCGGGUCACAGCGACCGAUUAUGGCUCCCCUCGCCUCUCUGGCACCACAAUGGUGGCCAUUACUGUUUCAGACCGGAAUGAUCACUCUCCUAUAUUUGAGCAGACAGAGUAUAGGGAGACGAUUAGGGAGAAUGUAGAGGAAGGGUAUCCUAUUUUACAGCUCAGAGCAACAGAUUCAGACUCCCCGUCCAAUGCCAAUAUUCGAUACCGGUUUGUCGGUGACUCAGCUGCGAUGGCCCGAUCGGCCUUUGAGAUUGACCCACGCUCUGGCCUCAUCACAACCCGUGGGGCAGUGGACCGAGAAACAAACGAGCACUACACUCUCCAAGUGGAGGCCAGUGACCAGGGGAAGGAUCCAGGGCCACGCUCUGCCACUGUCAAAGUUUUCAUCACCGUGCUGGAUGAAAAUGACAACGUGCCACAGUUCAGUGAAAAACGCUAUGUAGUGGCAGUGAAAGAGGAUGUGAGGCCUCACUCUGAGAUCCUACGUGUGAGUGCCACAGACCGGGACAAGGACAGUAAUGCUGCCGUUCACUACAAUAUCAUCAGUGGUAACAGCCGUGGGCAAUUUUCCAUUGACAGUGUCACUGGUGAGAUCCAGGUGGUGGCACCCCUAGACUAUGAGGCUGAACGGGAGUAUACGCUUCGAGUUCGUGCACAGGACAAUGGCCGACCACCACUCUCCAACAACACUGGGAUUGUUAGUGUACAGGUGACAGAUGUCAAUGACAACCCGCCGAUCUUCGUCUCCACACCAUUCCAGGCGUCUGUGCUCGAGAGCGCCCCAGUUGGUAGCUCUAUCCUCCACAUCCAGGCCAUUGAUACAGAUUCUGGCGAUAAUGCCCGCCUGGAGUACAGGUUAACCGGUACCAGCUCUGACACACCGUUCGUUAUCAAUUCUGCAACGGGCUGGGUCACUGUCAGCUCCAUCCUCGACCGAGAAUCUGUGGAGCACUACUUCUUUGGUGUGGAGGCCAGAGAUUAUGGCAUGCCUCCUCUUUCUGCUACAGCCAGUGUUACAAUUACAGUGAUGGAUGUGAAUGACAACCGCCCUGAGUUCCUCCAGAAGGAGUACUAUGCCCGCCUGAACGAGGAUGCCGCGGUUGGUACCAGUGUAGUGACUGUCACAGCAGUGGACCGUGAUGUCAACAGUGCAGUGACUUAUCAGAUAACAGGAGGAAACACCAGAAACCGCUUUGCCAUCAGCACGGCAGGAGGUGCUGGACUUCUCUCCCUAGCCCUCCCAUUGGACUACAAACAGGAGCGGCGAUACGUUCUGACAGUCACUGCCUCAGACCGCACGCUCCACGACACCUGUCAAGUGCACAUCAACAUCACAGAUGCUAAUACACAUCGGCCUGUGUUCCAGAGCGCCCACUACUCUGUUAGUGUGAAUGAAGACCGGCCACCAGGAAGCACCGUGGUUGUGAUCAGUGCCACAGAUGAUGAUGUCGGCGAAAAUGCUCGAAUCACAUACUACCUUGAGGACAAUAUCCCACAAUUCCGCAUUGACCCAGCCACAGGGGCUAUAACACUCCAGGCAGAGCUCGACUACGAGGACCAAAUGACCUACACAUUGGCCAUAACAGCUAAAGACAAUGGCAUACCACAGAAAUCAGACACCACAUACGUUGAGGUGAAUGUCAAUGACGUGAAUGACAAUGCGCCUCAGUUCCUCAGCCCCAGAUAUCAGGGAACAGUGAGCGAAGAUGCCCCUCCCUUCACCAGUGUUCUCCAAAUCUCAGCCACUGACCGUGAUGCCCACGCCAACGGCCGUGUUCAGUACACCUUCCAAAAUGGUGAGGAUGGGGAUGGAGAUUUUACCAUCGAACCUACUUCAGGAAUUGUCCGAACCGUUAGACGUUUGGACCGUGAGAGCGUGCCAUUCUAUGAGCUCACAGCCUAUGCCGUAGAUCGUGGCGUGCCCCCUCAGCGAACCCCCGUCCACAUUCAGGUGACGGUUCUUGAUGUGAAUGACAAUGCCCCCGUUUUCCCUGCUGAUGACUUUGAAGUUCUAGUGAAGGAAAACAGUGCAGUGGGCUCUGUGGUGGCCCAGAUCACGGCCACUGACCCGGAUGAGGGUGCCAAUGCUCAGAUCAUGUACCAAAUAGUGGAGGGUAACAUCCCUGAAAUCUUCCAGAUGGACAUCUUUUCUGGGGAGCUCACUUCACUUAUUGAUCUUGACUACGAGGCUCGCAAUGAGUAUGUCAUUGUAGUCCAGGCCACCUCAGCACCUCUAGUCAGCCGGGCCACUGUUCGGAUCCGAUUGGUGGACCAGAACGACAACCGACCCACCCUCCAGGACUUCCAAAUAAUUUUCAACAACUUUGUGUCCAAUCGGUCCAACAGUUUCCCCAGCGGGGUAAUUGGGAGGGUACCCGCCCAUGAUCCUGAUGUGUCAGACAGGCUGUACUACACCAUCGACAGGGGCAACGAGCUUCACCUGCUGCUCCUGAAUCACACCAGUGGAGAGAUCCGACUGAGCCGAAAACUGGAUAACAACAGGCCUCUGGUGGCUCCCAUGCUGAUCACCGUCACGGAUGGUGUCCACAGCAUUUCAGCCCAGUGUGUCCUUCGAGUUCUCAUCAUCACCGAGGACAUGCUGGGAAGCAGCGUCACUGUCCGUCUCCAGAACAUGUCCCAGGAGCACUUCUUGUCACCACUGCUGGGUAACUUCCUGGAGGGCGUGUCCGCGGUGCUCUCUGUGCCCGUCGAGGACGUUUUCAUCUUCAACAUCCAGCCGGAUCUGGACGCGGCACCGGGAGGGAUUCUGAAUGUCAGCUUCUCUGCUGCGUUGCCUGGCGGACACUUCUUCCCUUCUGAAGCCCUGGAGGAACAGCUGUACCUGAACAGGCUGAGGCUGACGUCACUGACACAGAUGGAGGUUCUCCCUUUUGACGACAAUGUGUGUCUGCGUGAGCCGUGCCAGAAUUACAUGAAGUGCAUCUCAGUGCUGCGCUUCAACAGCUCCGCCCCCUUCAUCUCCUCGCCCUCCAUCCUGUUCCGGCCCAUCCAUCCCAUCGCGGGCCUACGCUGCCGCUGCCCAGUGGGCUUCACGGGUGAUUACUGUGAGACGGAGAUCAACCUGUGCUACUCCAACCCCUGCCAGAACGGAGGUGUGUGUGCCCGCAGAGAGGGAGGCUACACCUGUAUCUGCCGUGAAGACUACACCGGUGACAGAUGUGAGUUUGACCGCCGGCAGGGCAGGUGUGUGCCAGGCGUGUGCCGUAAUGGAGGGACGUGCCGGGAGCUUUCAGGCGGGGGUUUCCGCUGCGAGUGCCCUGCAGGAGGCUAUGAGCGCCCAUACUGCACCGUCACUGCCCGCUCCUUCCCACCCAAAUCCUUUGUCAUGUUCCGGGGCCUCAGACAGAGAUUUCAUCUCUCUAUCUCUUUAACUUUUGCCACCCUGGAGAACAGUGGACUGCUCUUCUAUAAUGGACGCUUCAAUGAGAAACACGACUUCAUUGCCUUGGAGAUUCAGGAAGGACAAGUGGUGCUCAAAUAUUCCACAGGUGAAUCAUCCACUCAGGUGAGUCCCUUCCUGCCUGGCGGUGUGAGCGAUGGAAACUGGCAUACAGUUCACAUCCACUACUACAACAAGCCAGCUACACGCUAUCCUAAGCGCAGUAUGAGUGGCGAGGCCCAGGGUCCGUCAGAUGAGAAGAUUGCUGUCGUGAGCAUCGAUGACUGUGAUACAGCCUUGUCGCUUCGCUUCGGCACACAGCUCGGGAAUUAUAGCUGUGCUGCGCAGGGCAAACAGACCAGCAGCAAGAAGUCUCUGGACCUGACUGGUCCAUUGUUUCUGGGCGGAGUUCCCAACGUACCGGACAACUUCCCGUUUGGCAGCAGGGAGUUUAUCGGCUGUAUGAAGGAGCUGCACAUUGACAACAAGCCGCUGGACUUGGCUGGAUUUAUCGCUAACAAUGGAACAAUCCCCGGCUGCAGUGCCAAGCUGCCCUUCUGUAAGUCCAACCCCUGUCAGAACGGAGGAACCUGCAGGGUGAGCUGGGAAACUUUCUCCUGCGACUGUCCCCUAGGGUACGGAGGGAAGGACUGCAGCCACGUGAUGCCACACCCCCACCGCUUCCUGGGUAACAGUGCCCUCUGGUGGGACCUGAAGAACGACGUGACCAUCUCCACGCCAUGGUACCUGGGUCUGGUGUUCAGAACCAGAGCUCGAGAGGGGACGCUGCUGCAGGCUCAGGCUGGCCAGUACACCAGCCUGCUGUUCCAGGUGAUAAAUGGUCAGUUGGUGUUCUCGGUGACCCGCGGUGCGACCAGACCUGUGCGUUUGCGGUUGGAUCAGGUUCAGGUGGCAGACGGACGGUGGCACGACCUCCAGCUGGAGCUGAGAGACGUUCACAGUGGCCGUGAAACUCGCUACGUUGCCACGAUGCGGCUCGACUUUGGACUCUAUCAGGGAACUGUGAUAGUGGGAAAUGAGAUUCAUGGUUUGAAGGUGAAACAUCUGCAUGUGGGAGGCGUGCUGGGCUCAGGAGAAGUACAGAACGGGAUAAGAGGAUGCAUACAGGGUGUUCGGUUGGGUGUACGGCCCGAUGCCCCUCCCUUGCCCCGCCCAUCAAGAGCUGUUAAAGUGGAGACAGGCUGCAACGUUGGUAACCCCUGCGUCUCUUCUCCUUGCCCCGCCCACAGCCGCUGUUCUGACCAAUGGGAGCGGCACACCUGUGUCUGUGAACCUGGUUACUAUGGGAAAGGCUGCACUGACGCUUGCCAUCUGAAUCCGUGUGAAAACGAGGCUCAGUGCCACAGGAAGCCCAGCUCCUCCCAUGGAUACAUCUGUGACUGUGGAGACAACCACUAUGGGCAGUACUGCCAGCACAGGAUUGAUCACCAGUGUCCCAGGGGCUGGUGGGGGUCUCCGACGUGUGGACCAUGUCACUGUGACACCAAUAAAGGCUUUGACCCCGACUGUAACAAGACCAGCGGACACUGUCACUGCAAGGAGUUUCACUAUCGCCCGCGGGGCUCUGACACCUGCCUGCCGUGUGACUGCUACCCGGUCGGCUCCUUCUCGCGGUCAUGUGACCCAGAAACUGGCCAGUGUCAGUGCAGGCCCGGCGUGAUUGGUCGCCAGUGCAACAUGUGUGACAACCCCUUUGCCGAGGUCACAAAUUCAGGCUGUGAAGUCAUUUAUGACGGUUGUCCAAAGACCAUCACUCAGGGGAUCUGGUGGCCUCGGACCAAGUUCAACCUGCCUGCUGCAGUGCCCUGCCCCAAAGGCUCUGUCGGCGCAGCCAUCAGACACUGUGAUGUAGAGAGGGGAUGGCUGGAGCCAGACCUGUACAACUGCACCUCUCCUCCUUUUGUGGAGCUCAAUACUGCCCUGGAUUCCUUGGAGCGUAAUGAGACGGAGCUGAACACCAUCAUGGAGAAGAAGCUUGCCCACCAGCUCCGUGACAUCACUGAGGCAACCACCCGACUGUACGGCAAUGACUUGCAGAUCGCCGAACGACUGCUGUCCCGCCUCCUGACCUUCGAAACCCAGCAGAGCGGCUUUGGGCUCACCGCUACUCAGGACGCACACUUCAAUGAGAACAUUCUGCGAGGCUGCAGUGUGCUGUUGAGCCCUGGUACCUCUGGGCUUUGGCGGGCUCUCACUCAGAGUCAGAACCACGUCCCAGGAGGCGGUCCGGCCGAGCUGGCAGAGCUGCUGGAGCAGUACACCCAGACUCUGGCCCAGAACAUGAAGCUCACCUACCUCAACCCCGUGGCGCUGGUUUCUCCCAACAUAGUCAUGAACCUGGACCGCGUGGAGAACCACACCCAUGUGCGGCGGCGUUUCCCACGUUACCACACCACCCUGUUUCGCGGUCAGGCUUUGUGGGAUCCCUACACCCAUGUGAUACUGCCUCCUGCUGCCCUGGUGCCACAACGUCAGCAACAACAGAACUGGAAGGAGAAGGAGCGGACAGAGAAAGAACCCUCAGCUCCUCAGAGCGCCGCUCCAGCCUCUGUUAGUAUCUCAGUCAACCAGACGGGAGAAUACGCUGCAGCCAGACGCACUGUUUCGCUGCCGGAGCCGCCCAUCACCAUCGUCAUCUUGUUGAUCUAUCGAAGUCUGGGAACAGCCCUCCCUCCCAAGUACCACACAGACCGACGAGGAGUGAGGCUUCCCAGACACCCAGUAAUGAACUCUCCAGUGGUCACUGUUUCUGUAUACAACAACCAGACCUUUGUGGGCGGACACUUGGACCAACCCAUCAUGCUUGAGUUCAAGCUGCUGGAGACGGCCAAUCGCAGUAAGCCGCUGUGUGUGCAGUGGAACCACAGCAGUCCGUAUGAGAUAGGAGGCUGUUGGACGGUAAGGGACUGUACUGUGGUGUACAGGAACACCUCUCAUGUCCGCUGUCAGUGCCAGAGACUGGGCACCUUCGGUGUCCUGAUGGACAGUUCACAGAGAGAGCAGUUGGAAGGGGAUCUGGAGACGCUGGCGCUGGUCACAUACUCCUCUAUGUGCGUCUCCAUGCUGGCCCUCCUCCUCACUGUCCUGGUACUCUCCUGCCUCCGAGGCCUCAAGUCCAACACCAGGAGCAUCCAUUCAAACACAGCAGCUGCAAUGUUUUUGUCAGAGCUGGUGUUUCUGCUUGGGGUCAAUCAGACUGAACAGCAGUUUCUGUGUACAGUCGUCGCCAUCCUGCUGCAUUACUUUUUCAUGUCCACGUUUGCCUGGAUGUUUGUGGAGGGCCUUCAUAUCUACCGCAUGCAGACCGAGCAGCGCAACAUCAACUAUGGAGCCAUGAGGUUCUACUAUGCCAUCGGCUGGGGCGUGCCCGCCAUUAUCACAGGCCUGGCAGUGGGCUUGGACCCAGAGGGUUAUGGGAACCCAGACUUUUGUUGGAUCUCCAUCUAUGACAAACUCAUCUGGAGCUUUGCUGGUCCUAUUGCCAUCGUCAUACUGAUGAAUGGAGGAAUUUUCAUGAUUGUAGCCAAGAUGUCCUGCAACCCCUCCCAGAAGGAGACCAAGAAGCUCCCUGUCAUUGCUACCAUCCGGAAUGCCUUCCUGCUGUUGCUGGUUGCCACUUCCACCUGGCUGUGCGGUCUCAUGGCUGUGAACAACAGCAUCCUAGCUUUCUACUACAUAUUUGAUGUCCUCUGCCUAGUGCAGGGUCUGUCGGUGAUGCUGGUCUUCACUGUGUUCAACUCAGAGGUUCAGGAGGCCUGGAGAGUUGCCUGUUUGGGUAAGAAGAGCCCUGGAGAAGACCCACCAAGACCACCGCAGAACACAGCUCAGAACCCAUAUCACAACGCAUCUCUGUUGGAGCAGAGCGGGCUGCACCGCAUCACUCUGGGAACCUCCACCAUCUCCUCUGUCAGCUCCGCCAGAGAAAAUCUUUUGGCUCGCCAGACUCUGGAACAAAACAUCGUCCACACCGGAGCGACAGACCUGGACGUAGCGAUGUUCCACAGAGACGGAGGUGAGGACUCAGACUCAGACUCAGACCUUUCUAUGGAGGAGGAGCGCAGUCUCUCCAUCCCUUCAUCUGAGAGCGAGGACAACGUCCGACUCCGUGGACGCAUUCAGCGGCGAUUCAAACGGUCUAAUCACAGUGAGCGUCUGCUCACUGAGCCCGCCCACAACGGCACCAAAGAUCUGGAUGGCAAUGACCUUCUGUCCUACUGGCCAGCUUUGGAGGAGUGUGAGACACACACCCUGCAAAAGUGGGGCUCAGAGCGCCCCCUGGGGGCAGAUUACAGCAAGGACGCUGCCAACAACAACCAGCUAGAUGCAGCGCUGACCAGUGGGGAUGAGAACGGUCUCACUCAGCCACACAGGCACCGCAAGGGUAUCCUGAAGAAUCGUCUCGGCUGUCCUCCGGCACUCCAGGGUCUCUCCACCAUGGGCCGAGUCCCCAGUGAGCUCAACUGGUACAGAACCUCUACUCUGGGCCACCGAGGCGUCCCUGCUGCGUCCUACGGCCGCAUGUACUCUGCCACGGCUGGUGCCAGUGGAGGUACUGGCUCUCUCUCCCAGCCAGCUUCUCGCUACUCCUCCAGGGAGCACCUGGACUCGCUUGCCCGGAGGCAGCUGUCCAGGGAUCCACUAGGUAGGCAGACAGUUGGGGGAUCGAGGGACCGGCUGGACUCCAGGGGAUCCAGGGAUAACCUGGAUCUCUUACCCAGGAGGAGAGAGCUGGGACUGGGGCAGGGAGCAGGGUUAGGGGGCCUGGGGCUCGAUCACCAGCGAGUCUCAUCAUCCAGGGAGAACUUGACAGGAUCCAGGGACAGACUGGACAACCACCACACAGGUAGCGUCCACGCCUCGAGGGAGGACUUGAGUGGAAACGGGGGAGCUGUCGGAGCGGGAAUGGAGGGAUACCUCAGUGGAUCGAGGUCGCAGUUGAACACGCUAACUCGUCGGCAGGCCUCAUCCCGGGAGCACCUAGCGGGGGCGGUGAUGAGCAGUAGGUCGAGGGAGCAGCUGGACACCAACGGAGUGGGAGCCCAGGCUCAGCCGUGUCGGGAGUGGCUUCGUACGCUGCCUCCCCGUCAGCCCUCACACCCCGACCAGCCUCCCUCCUCCUCUCCUCCUCCUCCAAUCUCAGAGGAGCCCCAGCAAGAGCAGCUCCCUCCUUCAGCUCAUGUCAGAGGACGACUGGACUCCGCCCCUCCGUGUAGGUACCCAGGUCAGACUGUCCCUCAGGUCGCAGGUUCAAGUGUAAACCCCCUGGGUCGACAGCCAUCCAGUGAACACCUGGAUAUUCUGUCCUCCAUUCUGGCAUCCUUCAAUUCCUCCGUCCUCACUCCUCCCUCCGCUGCCUCUAACCCUGGGCCUAAUGGCUCUGCCCAUGGACCCUCUCCCUCCCCGUCCCAGUCUGCCACCUCCCACAGCAUAUCUGAAGUCUCCCCCGACUCUGAAGCCAACAGAAGUGAAGGACAGUCUUGAUGACAGCCUCCAUAUCCCUUUAUGCAUUGCGACAGCGCUUGGUGCACCAGGGACAAGUUCAAUGGUCAUGGUUGGUGUCAAACCACUGGGGUGCCCUAAGACAUCGCAGGA